AUACAAUUGGACCAUGGGAACAGAGACCUGGACACUUCGAUGAUAUUUGGAACUAUUGGAGUGACGAUGGAAUUGGUUAUUUUGAGUGUCUCCAACUAGUAGAGGACCUUGGUGCAUUUCCCGUAGGGGUUUUCAAUGCUGGUAUAUAUAUUCUUCUU